AUGGUGUCCUUGCGCUCUCUCGCGGCCUCAAUUCUGCCUCUGGCCUCCAUGGCAGCAGGUCUCCCUCUUGAAGAUGGAGGUGUCAGCAUCAACAUCGUUGGCGGUGAAAGCGCCAGCAUCUCCGAGUUCCCCUACAUUGUCAGUCUGAGUCAGGGCGGCUCCCACUUCUGCGGUGGUGCCUUAUUGAACGCCAACACUGUCUUGACUGCAGGACACUGCUCCUACGGCAUGAGCGCUUCUGCCGUCAAGGUCCGCGCCGGAACUGCUACAUGGGCUUCCGGUGGUAAGCAAGUCGGAGUCUCCAAGAUCUGGAUCCACCAUCACUACAACCCCAGGGACCUUAACAACGACAUUGCCAUCUGGAAGCUGGCAUCCCCCAUCGCUAAGAGCUCCACCAUCAAAUACGCCACCCUCCCAGCCAAGGGCUCUGACCCUACUCCUGGCCCUUAUGUUUAUGUCACUGUUGCUGGCUGGGGUUCCAAUGUUGCAGGAGGCCCCGGUGUCUCGGACCUGCAAAAGGUCACCGUCCCUAUCAUCUCCCGCGCUACCUGCCGCUCCCAGUACGGCACCGCGUACAUCUCUGACGCCAUGUGGUGCGCUAGUUGGCCUGCCGGCGGUAAGGAUGCCUGCCAGGGCGACAGCGGUGGCCCUAUUGUUGACUCCUCUGGAACACUUCUCGGCGUUGUCUCUUGGGGUCGCGGCUGUGCAAUGGAGGGCAAUCCUGGCGUCUACACCCGGGUUGGCAUCUUUGUUGACUGGAUCAACGCCAACAAGGCUUAG